AUGUUAUCGUUUCGAAUCCCAUCUAUGGGGGGAACCCAGCCGACAGCAUUCGCAGCAAAAAUAACAGACACAACAAAGACCGUGGCACAACUCAAGUCAGCUGCAACCCCGGCGCCUCACAGCACAGUCACGUGCGGUUACCAAGCUCACGUGGCGGGCUUCUUCCGCAACGUCACGGUUUUAUGGUCCAAGAAUCUCAUGAACCAUUCCCUCACCGUCAUGGUCUCUAGCUUAGAAAACGACAUGAACUAUUGCUGCAAGAUCGAUCUCGUGAAGCCAUGGCAGUUCUGGAGCAAAAGAGGCUCAAAAUCAUUCGACGUAGAAGGAAACUUCGUGGAGGUUUUCUGGGAUCUAAGGUCGGCGAAGUUAUCAGGAAACGGUAGCCCCGAGCCGAUGUCAGACUAUUACGUAGCGAUAGUUUCAAACGAAGAGGUAGUCUUGUUGUUGGGAGACUUAAAACAUAAAGCUUACAAAAGGACAAAGUCAAGACCCGCGCUGGUCGAGGGGUUUGUAUAUUUCAAGAAAGAGAGUAUUUUUGGGAAAAAAACGUUUUCUACAAGAGCGAGAUUCGAUGAGCAGAGGAAGGAACAUGAAGUGGUGGUGGAGAGCUCAAACGAUGAGAAAGAUCCAGAGAUGUGGAUAAGCGUUGAUGGGAUCGUGGUGUUGCACGUGAAGAAUCUGCAGUGGAAGUUUAGAGGGAAUGUGAUGGUGUUGGUGGAUAGAACUCCUGUGAUGGUGUACUACGAUGUGCAUGAUUGGUUGUUUGGGAGUUCGGAGUCGACGGCGAGUUCAGGGUUGUUUUUGUUUAAGCCUGUGGCGGUUGGAGCGAUGAUGGUGGAUGAGUAUUUUAGCGAUGCGGAGGAAGGGGAUAGUGGAGGAGGGAGUAGUCCUUUGAGUCGGUACAAUUCGGCAUCUAGUGGUUAUGGACCAUUGCAUGAGUUCUGUUUGUUUCUUUAUGCUUGGAAAUUUGAGUGA